GUGUUUGUCAAUGGAUUUGUCUGCAAGGACCCCAAGCUAGCCGUGCCAGAGGACUUCUUCUUCACCGGCCUCGACAAGCCUACUAACACAAACAACCGGCUUGGCUUCAACGUUAAUUUGGUCAAUGCUUCCGUGCUCCCAGGCCUGAACUCUCUCGGCAUCUCUAUUGCCCGCAUCGACUAUGCUCCCUAUGGUCUCAACCCUCCCCAUACCCACCCUCGGGCCUCCGAGUUCCUCACCGUCAUCGAGGGAUCCCUCUACGCUGGCUUCGUGACUUCGAACCCUGAUAACAAGCUUUUCGCCAAGAUCCUCCACAAGGGUGAUGUCUUCGUUUUCCCUGAAGGCCUAAUUCACUUCCAGCUCAAUGUUGGGAAGACCAAUGCUGUUGCCAUUGCCGGUCUUAGCAGCCAGAAUCCUGGGGUGAUCACCAUAGCCGAUGCUGUCUUCGGUUCCAAGCCGCCCAUCUCUGAUGAUGUUCUGAUAAAGGCCUUCCAAGUGGGCAAGCAGGUCAUUCAAGAGCUUGAGGCUCCUUUUAAGUAGAGAAGCUUGAGAUGAGUGUUUCAACUUAUCGUAUUGUGCGUUUGAAUAAGCAUGCAAGCAUGCCCCGUAUGUGUUCGGAUAUGUUCUAUGAGUUAAAUGUAUCACAAUGUGGCAUCGAUUUCUUUGUUGUUAAAGAGAUGAUGCUUGAGUUUGGAUUAUCAAAUGUUGAGCAAUUUAUUCAUUUUAUGUUGUCCACUUGGUUUUA